AUGCUUCAAGACGGUGCUCGCUUGUUUCUUCUGUCCGGUCUGCUACUACUACUACAACACUUGCCUCUCCUUGCAUCUGCUCAACCUGGACCUCUUCUAUCCUCGGUGCUCGAAGCUCGGGACACAGACAAGCCUAUACCAGGAGGACCUGUAGACACAACAUAUCUACCCGCUCAGAUCGGUGGUAUAAUCGGAGCAUACGCUGUAUCAUUGGUGCUGGUCGCCAUAACAUUGCUUGCUCUAUCCAAGAAGCGUCGCGAGCAUAUAGCAGCUGGCCUCGACGACGCCGACUUUGUUGUGCGCAAAGAUAUAGUCAGCCCCGACUUUCCUCAGGGAAUACCCACGUCUCUGAACAUCAUCACCGAUACUUCAUUCGUCAAGCCAGGUUUUCCGGAUUUGCAAGAAGGCGUUAGCCCGUGGAUUCACCCAUCACCAAACUCGAGCAUCGGAGCACCAGGAACAAACCCUUUCGUGGACCCUCGCGUUGUCGAAGUAGACAGAGUCAUGGCUCAAUCACAGCUUGAAGAUAUGUACAAGCAUGUACUGGAGCAUGAGGAUGCAAAGAAGCGAGGACUCGUCUACGACGUUCCUCUUCCUCCUACCGCUGCUCACCACCAACCACGCCCUUCAGCCUCUGGGUCAGCCCUGUCCUUGAAGUCUUCGGUGUCGUCGCCAUCAAAGAAGGAAAAGACGAAGCCGGCUACGCUCAACCUUUCGGCCUCUCGUGAAGAAAAGACCCAGUCAAGGACCUCUUCGUUUCUCUCAGCUCUCCGAUCUCCCAAGAAGAAGGCGAUGAAGGGUAUGAGCAUCUCAUCACCUCUCAUGACCCCUCAGACCGGCGAAUUCCCCCGUCAAGAAUACCAAGAGAUGAACUCGAUUCCUCCCCGACAAUAUGCCCCAGCCGCUCCGCCUCCGGUCCCUACCAACCAGGUCCCAUACGGAUCUCCGACUGUCCCAGCCAAGACCCAUGCGGCCCUCCCAACCCCGGAUAUCUCGCCUGAGAGUGUUUUGAGUAUCGAUGAGCGCAUCGGAAACCAGCUGCCUCCUCCUGGUCACCACCGACAGGUAUCAUACGCACCCUCGGAGCGUGACCCUGAAUCGGCCACUUCGGAGCACUCACAGGUGCCGCUGGUCGGUCUGCCAUCGUCCCCCAAGCCCGGUGCACGAUUCCCAUCUCUUCCGUCUCUCCCCGCGUCACCCAAGCCUGGUCAAACCUUCCAACGUGCCAACGCACCCACAGCUGUCCGCACAGGCGGUUCUCUGCCCUUGCGUGCCUACGAGCCGGCGCUGGCGUCGCCCAACACCAUUGCCCAGACUACCAAGCAGACCGUGUUUGAGAGGAAGGGACCGCUAUCGCCCAGCGGAGCAAUGACUCCUCACACAGCUGGUGCAGUGCCAUACUCGCCCUACCAGCCCUUCACGCCAUGCAUGCCAGUGACACCGUCACUCAUCACCAAGGAGGACCGAAAGAGGAUGAGACGUAUGGUGCCCAAGACACCGACGCUGGAGAUGGUGCAGAGCUCAGAUGAUGUAUGGUAA